UACUUGCUGCACAAUAUGUCAUUACUUUUUAUAAUGUGUGUGAGUCUUCAGUUCUUUAAAUUUUGAUUCAUUGAAUGAUGAGCUUGUUUUGUCUUUAAACAACAGUUGUAUGCAUAUGGUAUCCAUUUUCGACACCAUCAGUGGUCAAGAGAUAUUUGUCAACUUUAUGCACUCUGAGGAAAUCUGAACCAUCAGCGUCUCACUCCUUUUUCCCACCCUGCAGGCCACAUUCAAGCCAUUUACAGAUCCUCCCCUCCUUUCUCUGUGUCAUGAUCAAAUGUGUUAUGUGCUACAAUACGCUUCCUGAUUUAAUCAAGUCACAGGACAGACAGGAAUCUCACGGUCACUCCAGAGGAGAAAGAGAGAGAAAUGGCAGAGGUUUUCAGUCAGAGCAGUGGUGAGGCCCCUGAAUAUAAGCUGGUCCCUCUUAGGGGCUUCAAACUAAUAUCUGGAAUACACUCUCCUGAGGUGGUGGAUCAAAUUCAAAACUUUGAGAUUCAAGACUCAGAUGUCUUUGUCAUUACUUACCCCAAAUCAGGCACUAUUUGGUUGCAGCAAAUCCUCAGUCUAAUAGAGGUCAAGGGAGAUGUUACAGCGUCAAAUGAGCAGCUGAAUUCUGAGCGAGUACCAUGGAUUGAACUUUUAGACUCUAGGAAACAGUUUGUUUCUGCCCCUUCCCCCAGGAUCUGUGUGUCUCAUCUGCCAUACAAAUUCAUGCCACUUGGACUGAAACAAAAGAAGGGCAAGGUCAUCUAUGUGGCCAGAAAUCCAAAGGAUGUUUUGGUGUCUUACUUCCACUUUCACAAAUAUGCAAAUAUGCUGGAGACCCCAAAAGACUUUGAUACAUUUUUUGAGAAAUUCAUAGAAGGAAAUGUUUUUGGUAAUUGCUGGUUUGAGCAUGUCAAGAGCUGGUGCUCCCACAAAGACGAGAUGAACUUCUUGUACAUUACAUAUGAGGAGAUGAUUAAGGACUUACGGUCAGUGGUUGAAAGGAUCACUUCAUUCUUGGCGAGGAACUUGACAUCACAGCAAUUGAAUGAUGUUGUUGAGCACAGUACCUUCAAAAAUAUGAAGAACAAUCCUCAGGCCAAUUACCAGCAGAUCUGCUGUGUAGAAAAGAAAGUAAGUUAUACAGGUGGGGGGAAACAUGAGGGAACUGUUGGUGACUGGAAGAACUACUUCACUGUGGCGCAGAAUGAGAGAUUUGACAAAGUGUACCAACAGAAGAUGAAAGAUGUUUCUCUUUCUUUCAUCUGGGAUAUGAAUGAUCUCAUCUCACCAUGAUUUAUUCAGGCUCAUCAGCAGGGUUUGAAAUCAAAAAAGUAAAAAAAAUAAAGAAUAUCUGAAAAUGUUCAAAAGUUUGGAGUCAAUAAAUUAUUAUUAUUUAUUUAUUUUGAUCAGCUAAACCACUCUACUGUUUGGUGUAGAAUA